AUGAGUGGAAGAGGUAAGGGUGGCAAAUCAAGGGCUAAAGCGAAGACGAGGUCUGCGCGGGCAGGUCUUCAGUUCCCCGUUGGAAGAGUGCAUCGUUUGCUACGUCGCGGGAACUACGCGGAGCGUGUGGGUGCUGGAGCGCCGGUUUACUUGGCUGCUGUGCUCGAAUAUCUUGCUGCUGAGGUGCUGGAACUGGCGGGUAAUGCUGCGCGCGAUAACAAGAAGACACGUAUCAUUCCUCGUCAUUUGCAGUUGGCUAUUCGCAAUGAUGAAGAGCUCAAUAAGCUAUUGGGCGGUGUGACCAUCGCUCAGGGUGGUGUGCUUCCCAACAUUCAGGCUGUGCUUCUUCCCAAGAAGACGGAGAAACCAGUGGGCAGUAAGGAGUAG